UGCACAGUGCAGACAUUCCGAGAGCGGAAGACAGCGAGUAUGGCAACCCAUUCGUAUAAACUUAUGUAUUUUGAUGGCAUGGGCCGAGCGGAGUUCAUCAGACUGGUCUUUGCUGCAGCAGAAGUACCCUUUGAGGACGUCCGUUUUACUCACCAAGAGUGGCCCAAAUACAAAAAACUUGCACCGUUCGGUCAGGCGCCAUACCUGGAAGUAGCUAGCAAAUCGUAUGGACAGUCCGUGGCCAUUGCAACAUACCUAGCGAGAGAAUUCGGUUUGCACGGGAAGAACAAUCUAGAAGGCCUGGCUGUUGAUCAAGUUCUUGGUCUGAUUCAGGAUCUGAUACAGUUUGGGAUCAAAAUUUACCACGAGAAAGAAAAGGGCAAAAGGGAUGAGUUGAUUCAAGGUUUUAAAGAUGUUCAUCAACCCCAGUUUCUUGGCUACUUCGAGAAACUUUUGAGUGACAAUGGAACUGGUUACUUGGUUGGAAAUGAUCUCUCAUUGGCUGACAUUGCUGUUUUUGACGUCGUUACUGGUUGGCUGGGAACAUACAUGGGUCCCAUAGACGAUUUUCCAUUGGUCAAAGCCUUGGUGGACAAAGUGUGGGAGAGAGACGGAAUCAAGUCGUAUAUGGCAGCCAGACCUGACAGAGAAGGCUGAGUUGGGCCUUCGUCUACCGUGUCGUAACAAGUUGCCCAACACUGUGACCUGCUGUCAGCAACGACCUUGCAUAAUUAUGUGUACUCUACCUAGACCUAUAUAGAGUAAUGGAAUAAAAAUGUGGCACUUAUGUGUAAAAACAGAAUGUAGCUGCCUAUUGAUAGAGGUGGUGCCAUUUUAUACUAUUAUUUGCAUAAACAAGUUCUGCUUUCCUAGAUGCAUGGCCCCCAACCAGAGUAAUAUUUCUGUUGUUGUUAUUACCUAUUAUCGCCACUCUCAUCAUCACCAUCAUCAUCAUCAUCGUCAUUGUGUUGUUGCUUUUUUAUAAAUCCAAACUUGCUAUUGAUAGAAUUAAAUAAAGUGGUCUGUCAUUU